CAGCAGCAGUUUUGGGGAUUUCUUUUGAAAAGAGGAAAAGUAAAUGGGAAUAAUUUCUUGAAAAGGGGGAAAAUUUGAAAUUAGGGUUUUGAAAGGCUGAAGACACACGUGAUCAAAGGAGACAAGAAUUGGUGUCCCCACUGCGACGAUUACAGCUGUCCUUCACGCUAUUUAGCGUCCUGAACUUGGGCCACUUUUCUGAAUUCUUCACUCUAAUGGGGAAGGUUUUCUGCUUCCGUGCGUCAAUGGCGGUGGUGGUGUUGAUUUUAGGGUUCUGUUAUGGAUUCGCCGCCGCCGCGGCGGAGGAGGGGAAGAGGACGUACAUUGUUCAUAUGGCGAAAUCGGCGAAGCCGGCGGAGUUUGAGGAACACAGGGGGUGGUACGACGCGUCGCUUAAAUCGGUGUCGGAGACGGCGGAGAUUAUCUACAGUUACGAGACGGCGAUUCAUGGAUUCUCGGCGAGGCUCACGGCGGCGGAGGCGGAGGCGAUUGAGUCUACGCCGGGGACUCUUUCCGUACUGCCGGAGAUGAGAUACGAACUCCACACGACGCGAACGCCGACGUUUUUGGGGCUCGAUCAGAACGCGGCGAUGCUGCCGGCGUCGGACUCGGCGAGUGACGUCAUCGUCGGCGUUCUCGACACCGGCGUCUGGCCGGAGAGCCCGAGCUUCGACGAUGCAGGAUUCGGAGCUGUACCGAGUUCUUGGAAAGGGGAAUGUGAAAUCGGGACGAAUUUCACCAAAUUGAAAUGCAAUAAGAAACUGAUCGGGGCAAGAUUCUUCGCGAAAGGCUACGAAGCGACACUCGGCCCGAUCGACGAAUCGAAGGAGUCGAAAUCGCCGCGCGACGACGACGGCCACGGCACGCACACUUCCUCCACCGCCGCCGGAUCCGUCGUCUCCGGCGCGAGCUUGUUCGGCUACGCGGCGGGGACGGCCAGAGGGAUGGCGCCGCGGGCGAGAGUGGCGGCGUACAAGGUCUGCUGGGUCGGCGGCUGCUUCAGCUCCGACAUCCUCGCCGGCAUAGAUAAAGCCAUCGAAGACGGCGUCAAUGUCCUGUCGAUGUCGCUCGGCGGCGGGAUGUCGGAGUAUUACAGAGACAGCGUCGCGAUUGGGUCCUUCGCCGCCAUGGAGAAGGGUAUAUUAGUCUCUUGCUCCGCCGGCAACGCCGGCCCCAGCAAGUACAGUUUAUCCAACGUGGCGCCGUGGAUAACCACCGUCGGCGCCGGAACCCUAGACCGUGACUUUCCGGCGAUUGUUUCUCUCGGAAACGGUAAAAAUUUCUCCGGCGUCUCGCUUUUCAAGGGCGAUUCAUUGCCCGGAAAACCUUUGCCGAUUGUUUACGCCGGAAAUGUCAGCAACGUUACAAACGGGAAUUUAUGUAUGACGGGAACCUUAAAUCCCGACAAGAUUAAAGGCAAGAUCGUAUUGUGUGACCGUGGGAUUAAUCCAAGGGUUCAGAAAGGGUCCGUCGUGAAAUCUGCCGGAGGGAUAGGAAUGGUUUUAACAAACACCGCCGCGAACGGGGAGGAGCUGGUGGCGGACGCCCAUCUGCUACCCGCCACGGCGGUGGGGGAAUCCACCGGCGACGCGAUCAAGCAAUACGUCUUCUCAGAUCCCAAUCCAACGGCCACGAUUCUUUUCCAAGGCACGAAGGUCGGAGUCGAGCCGUCGCCGGUGGUCGCCGCGUUCAGCUCACGCGGCCCGAAUUCGAUCACGCAGCAAAUUCUGAAGCCGGACAUAAUCGCGCCAGGGGUCAACAUCCUCGCCGGCUGGUCCGGCGCCAUCGGCCCGACCGGCUUAGCCGAGGACGGCCGGCGCGUGGGGUUCAACAUCAUCUCCGGCACGUCAAUGUCGUGCCCCCACGUCAGCGGCUUGGCGGCUCUGUUGAAGGCGGCUCACCCCGACUGGAGCCCGGCGGUUAUCCGGUCGGCUCUAAUGACCACAGCCUAUUCGUCCUACAAAGACGGGAAGCUGAUGGAGGACGUGGCUACGGGCAAGCCGUCCACGCCGUUCGACCACGGAGCCGGACACGUGGACCCUGUAUCCGCCCUUAAUCCCGGCCUCGUGUACGAUCUACUGCCGCAGGAUUAUCUCAAUUUCCUCUGCGCAUUAAAUUACACUUCCGGACAGAUCACCAGCGUCGCGAGGAGGAACUUCACCUGCGAUGCUCAGAAAUCCUACAGUGUAAAUGACCUAAAUUACCCUUCCUUCUCCGUCGUUGUCGACGCUCAGAUGAGUAGUACAGCCGGCUCCGGGAGUGAUACCGUGGUCAAACACACCCGAACGUUGACUAACGUGGGGCCCGCCGGAACGUACAAGGCAUCCGUCACGUCAACAUCGGAUUCCGUUAAGAUCUCGGUGGACCCCACGUCUUUGACUUUCGGUCAAAGUGGUGAGAAAAAUUCUUAUACGGUCACGUUCACGGUAACAGGAAUGCCGUCCAAUAGUAAUGAGUUUGGGCGAAUUGAGUGGUCCGACGGGAAACAUGUGGUCGGGAGUCCGGUUGCAGUUAGUUGGACGUGAGGGGUUAAAUGGUAAUUCCGCUCGCACAAAAAAGCAAAAAACGGUGCUGAGUGUUGGCUGUUUCUAUAUUAUCACAACAUGGGUAAGGUCAUGUUUGUCUUGUUUUU